GCCCAGGAGCAGAGAGAGAAGAAUCAGAGAGAAAAGACUUCUCUUCUCUCCUGGUCUUCUUCUCCCACGAAAUUUUCUCUUCCAUUUCAGCAAUUCCUCCUUCCGCAAAUUUUCCUCUCUCAGAUUUCCUUCAUCAGCCAAUUCCCGCCAUUUUUUUCCUUCACCAUAUCCAUAUUUUCAUUCUACCCCUUCUCAUUUCUAUCUCUCCCAGCUCAAAAUUUUUCACUCCAAGAAAAAAAAAAUCUCAUUAUAUAAGCUCCCAAUUCGAAUUCACAUCUCUUGUUAAUAUUAAUUUUACCAUUUUAGAUUACUUUUCAUCUUAGAUCUAUCGGAAUUCAUUUUUAGAGAACACCCAUAUAGUUGAUUUACUUAAGGAACCGAUCCACUUUGUUUUCCUUUUGGUAAAAAGAGAGUGAAAACUAUGGACCAAUUUGGCGUUUUAACGGAGCGUUACGGUUUAAAACCGCAAGGAAAAUCAGCUCCAAUGUCGCAAGCCAAACGACCCACCGCCACGGCCCCCGCGUCCACCAACCAAAAUUUCGGGUUCGAUACAGGUUUGAACGGAAGCUCCAUGCCAUUUUCUGCAAAAUCUUCAUGGAAUUCGAGUCCCAGUAACGGCUCUUUGCUUGAUGAUAACGACCUUUUUUCCAACCAAAAACCCCAAAAUUCUUUUGGGUUGGGCGACGAUUAUGGUUACGCGUUUGGUGCAUUCGAAAACACCACAAAGAAGCAAUCGAAUACGAGUAAUAAUAGUAGUAAUGGAUCUUCAUUUGAUUUGGAUUCAAUGUUGUUUAAUUCGGGUCCAAAGUCUUCCUCUACGAAUUUGUACGUUGUUGAUGAUUUGUUUGGAGGAAUGCCUGGCUCAGGAAAUGCAAGUAAUGAUGACAUUAUCGGGUCUUUUGCCUCGUCCACGAAGCAAAAGGGUUCAGCAGGUGACUUGUUGGGUGAUUUUAGUGGUGUCGCGGCGAAAUUGAAGAGUUCUAGUAGGAAUAAUUCGUGGGAUUCGGGAAAAACUGAAGCUGGUUUUGAUGAUUUGAUACCCGGGAUCGGUGGAGCCAGUCCUCCGUUUAAUAGGACGAACAUUAAGACCACCAAAUCAACCUUCAAAUCAACAGAGGACCCUUUCAUAGUCUUAGAGUCAGUUUCAAGCUCGGCAUAUGAUUCCUCAGAAACCCCCACAGAUCCACUAGAAGAAUUCAGCAUGCUCAAUCAAUCUGGAGGGACGAAACCUCUUGGUUCCUCAAAUGCUUCCCGAUCAUUGAGGCCCCCUCCAAAACCAGCACAAGUUUUGAAGGCAGAUAAAGUAAAUAGUUCAGGUGCAUCUCCUAUAGACGAACUUGAGGACUUUGCCAUGGGCAGGGUGUCUAAUAAGGCUAGUAGAUCUAAAGAAGCUGAAGAUGCUACAAGAAAGAGUCAAGAGAAGAGAGCAGAUGAUCUGGAAUCCUUUUUUGGUGUGAGUUCCAGAUCAAGUAGUGCACCAAAGUCAAGGGCAACAACUUUGGAUCCCAUGUUUGAUGCAAAUGCACACCAGAGACAGCAAAAGACAUCUGCAGGGGCAUCAUCCACUGCAAAGAAGGCUUCUCCUGCUACUAUGAUGAAUGGAGUAGAUGACUUUUCUUCAAUUUUUGGAGCUGCCCCAAUGUUUGGAGAAUUUGAGGAAGUUGAUGGUGAAAGUGAAGAAAGACGAAGAGCCAGAUUGGGACGUCACCAAAGGACCCAGGAUCGAGUGGCAAGAGCAGUUGCUGAUAUGACCCAGCGUGACCGUCAAACACAGCAUGAGCAAGAAGAGAGACGUAGGAUUGCUGAAGCUAUAGAUUUUGAGAUAAAACGCUGGGCUGCAGGAAAGGAAGGCAAUAUGCGUGCACUUUUAUCAUCAUUGCAACAGGUACUUUGGCCUGAAUGUGGUUGGGAGCCAAUUUCGCUGACUGAUUUAAUAACUUCUGGCUCUGUUAAAAAAGUUUAUAGAAAGGCCACAUUAUGUGUCCAUCCUGAUAAGGUUCAGCAGAAAGGUGCCACUCUUGAACAGAAAUAUAUUGCUGAAAAGGUGUUUGAUAUUCUCAAGGAAGCUUGGAACAAGUUCAACAAGGAAGAACUUUCUUAAAAACUGGAACGAAACUCAUUUGAAGAAUGAAGCCAUUUUAUUUUGGCACUCAUGCAGAUUUGUUUCACAACAAAAGAUGCAAGAAUGUGUUAUGGUUUUAGGAAGAUGACACCGUCCAAGCAGCACAUUGCUGGUGAGCAAAAUUCUAUAAUUGAAAGCUAAGAGGCGCUUUGUAAGGAGUAAAUUUUCUCAUGUAUGACUGUAAAUUUAUGUAUCUUCAGGAAGUGAGUAGAUUUCACGAUGUUUAUCGAAUCUGCACCAUGGCAUGUUUUAUUGAAGCUAUAGAUUGUUCUUCUCUUGUUCAUGUUUGUUGGGCUUGAGUGGUUUUGAUUCCACUUCAUUAGUUUCAUUGAUUGUUUUUCUGUAUGCAAGCACACAAGCUGCCUUUCUUGUAAUUUCAGAUUAAUUGUAUCAGUAAUUAUUUUUUCUGUGAGCCUUCAAUUUGUUGAAUAAAGUUAAUGCUGUCCCAUUUUAAUGCUA